AUGGCGGCGCGCGGGGCCUCGCGCCUGGCCUGGUGCCUGCGGCGCGUGGGCGCCAGCGGCGAGUGGCUCCUGCUGGAGGCCGGCACCGAGGUAUCUGUAGGCCGAGGAUUAGAUCUCACCUACCAACUGGUGUCAAAAACCUGUCCCUUGAUGAUCUCUCGUAAACACUGCGUUUUUCAGCAAAAUGCAGAAGGACAGUGGACUGUUAAGGAUAACAAGAGUUUAAAUGGAGUCUGGCUUAAUAAACAGCGCCUGGAUCCCUUAAAAGCCUAUCCUAUAGCUGAAGGAGACCGCAUCCAGCUAGGAGUGCCUUUGGAGAACAGAGAGGCUGCUGAGUAUGAGUAUGAAGUAAUCAAAGAUGAAUGGGAGAAAAUCAAACCCUUCCUAGCCCAAAGAAAUGACUUGGGGAAAACUAAGAGUCCAAGAACUAAACGUAAAUAUAGUGUGGAAGAGUCUGAAAUAUCUGGAUCAGAAGGCCCUUCGGAUUCCAGAUGCAAAAGAGACAGAGUGUCUUGUGACAGUGAACUUGCAGGGAAAUCACGGGAAAGGGUAGAGCAGGCCAAACAGGUAACACAGAAGACGGAUCUCAAGCUCCCCGCUCCUGAGCCAAGCGAGGAGCACAGGGACCCSGUGCACUCUGAGAAGGCUCUACCUGCCACCCAUAGGGACCAGAAAGGCUCUAGCCUUGCACAGUCUUGGACUGGCUUGGAAAUGCUGAGGAAAACUCUGGUAGAUAUAAUGAGGCUGAAAGUCAAACUGCAGGAGAAGCAGCAGGAGGUUCAGAGCGUGAAGCAGAGGCGCAGGAAGUGCGCUCARAAGGAGAUCCUGGCAAUGGAACAGGAGCUGCAGGAGCUGCAGGACCGGUUGUGCCUGGAGCAAGAGCAGAAUCAGCAGCACAUGGAAGAGCUGCAGAAGGUAUUCUGUAAAGAGCAGCAGAAACUAGAGGGAGUUAAGUGGCAACACGGGGAAGAAAAUCUGGAGGAGCAACUGGCCCAGGUCCUGCAGGAGCAUCGUGCUUUGAUGGAAGAGUUGAGCCGUAGUAAAAAAGACUUUGAGGAGAUAAUUCAAGCCAAGAAUAAAGAACUGGAAGAAACCAAGGAGGAGAAGGAAAAGGUGAGAGCUCAAAAAGAGGAGGUGUUGAAUCAGAUGAAUGAUGUGUUGGAGAACGAGCUACAGUGCACAAUCUGUUCUGAGCACUUUAUCGAGGCAGUCACGCUGAACUGCGCGCACAGCUUCUGCUCCUACUGCAUCAACGAGUGGACAAAGCGGAAAGUGGAGUGCCCGAUCUGCAGGCAGGAGAUCCAGUCGAAGACACGCUCUCUGGUGCUAGACAACUGCAUUGACAGGAUGGUGGAAAAGCUGGAUGCAGAAAUGAAAGACCGCCGCCUUGCCCUUAUCAGAGAGCGGAAAGAGAAAUGGAGUGUGUUGGCGAACCUAGCCACGGCCAAUGACAACGCCGUCGUUGCCUCCAUCUACUCCAUCCUGUCGAUGAGCAGUUGUGAUAACGAGGACUCUUGAGUACAAGGAUUUGUACUGUGAUAACUWCUACACUAUCUGAACACUGCUGCUGCAGACUGGUUGGCCUGUAUGGCGCCCRGAAUGAACCUCAUGGUGUUGGGUUAACUACCGCUGGAGGAGUGGACUGGACAUCUGGAAGGAGAGAUUGAGUGAGGAGACUGGAGCUGAGAACUAGCUGCAUUUGGAAGAAGGAUUUUAUUUUUUAAAUGAUUGUACAGAAGCUUGAUCUCCAAAGCAAAACUGGGAUUGCGGGAGAAAGAAAACUUGUUUCAUACUAGGUGCUUCACAUGCAAAGCAUAGGCGUCCAUGCUCACCUGUGACCUACUCGCUCUCAUGUGUUGGUGUGUUUGCAUCGCUGCCCUUUCCUGGGUGAAUGACCUGUUCAAGUGUGGGCAUCGGCUUUCUCUUCCUUCAGCCAGCAGAGGGAAUGGCCCAAGUUACUUGAAAACUUGGUCAUCUUCACCAGCAGACAGCAGGGGUAGACCAGGAGAAAAUGCCCUCGUGGGCCUUCCUCUUCAGUUUUGUAUGGCAGCUGGAGCCAUCCCAGGCUUGCCUCGCAGUGGAGGUUACGCUUCCCAGAGGGUGCCAAUGGACCCUGUCAGCCUUCAGUGCUUCAAUACAUUAGCUGUGCUGCUGGGACCUGAAAGUGAGAAAGAACAUUCUCCCUGCCUAGUAGGUAGGGAUGGAGAAGAUUAAAUCACAUCCUCUAGAAGUCCCUAGCUAGUGCUGUUUUCAGAUAGCACCUUUAGUUUAUUUCUUCUUCAGGCUUUUGCCUAAAGUGUUUUAGAAAUGGGAAGCAGCAUAUCCAGAAAGUAUUAGCAGUGACUUAGUUGCACAUUUAGUUCUAGCCAGCAGUAGAGAGGAACCUCGGUCUCUUCAGAAGUGCUGCAAAGUGAAUUAAUGUAGUGCCCUGUUGGCAGGGUGCAAAAGCAGCAUUUGUAGGCAACCACAAGGCAARGAGGGAAGCAUUUUGUUUUACUCUUUACAAAAUUGCUUUUGAGCUGUGGUACAUACURCCCUCACAGCACAUCACUCAUCCAUAAAAGCCUGAGCAAGACUUGCCUCAUCCUAUAGGGAUUGCCUAGUUCUGUGUUCAGUGGCCUAUACUUUUGACUUAGCUGUUAAUGGAAAAGACUGCUCUGCAACAGUGGGAAUGGGAUGGGGGAAAUCCUUCUGGUCUGUAAUUUAUUUGGUCAUUUC